AUGGCAAAGGCGGUGAACAAUAUGGGAAUGUCAAUAGUGGAGCCGCAGGAACGGAUGCGCUUCCUCUCCAAUCACGGCAAUAUUACAGAAGUGGACGCCAACGUUCCAGUUACACGAUACUAUCGCUCCGGCACAGAAAUGCUACGCAUGGCAAAUGUUUACCUCACGGAGGGAAAUCAUGAAAAUGCAUUUAUCCUUUACAUGAAGUAUAUGACAUUAUUUAUUGAGAAAAUACGUGCACAUCCUGAAUAUCCAAAAAUCAAGGCUGAAGUAAAAGUGAUCAAUAAACGUAUUAAGGAAGAAAUAAUGCCGACCACAGAAAAAUUGCGAGCCAAACUACUGGAACGCUAUCAAAAAGAGUAUGAACAAUUUUUGGCCAACAAAGAGGCGGAAAAAGCGCGUGAAUUGGAGCGUGAACGUCAAAGACGUGCAACAGCUGGUGGAAGUUCUAGCGGUGGUUCCGGUGCACACAUACCAACUAAUUUGCAUGUGCAAAUUGAUCCAAGCAUGCAACCAAGUGCGCCUGAUUUGGGACUGUUAGAUAAGGUAGUUUAUCCAAGUGAUUUUCCAACUGGUACAAAUCGUGCCGGUUCGGGCCUACUUUUUCCCGGUGAUGCGGACAAAGAAGGCGCAAAAUCAAUAAGCAAGCCACCCAGUUUCGAUCGUAACCAAAAACCACAUUACGAACGGUCCGAUUCCCUACUGGCGGGCUCACUGCGAACAGUUAUCAUACCCGAGAACACAAUGGACGUGUUCUUGCAAUUGGCCCAAAGCAAUACUUUGAAAAACAUCGAAACUUGCGGCAUUCUAGCUGGUCAUUUGGCACAGAAUCGUCUAUUUAUCACACAUAUUAUAAUACCAAAGCAACAAGGUACACCUGAUAGCUGUAAUACAAUGAAUGAGGAAGAGAUUUUCGAUGUGCAAGAUCAACAGAAUCUCAUUACACUGGGUUGGAUUCAUACGCAUCCAAGCCAGACAGCUUUCCUCUCAUCGGUGGAUUUGCAUACACACUGUUCAUAUCAGAUGAUGAUGCCUGAGGCGAUUGCCAUUGUUUGUGCCCCCAAGUAUCAGACCACUGGUUUCUUCAUAUUAACGCCGGAUUAUGGUCUGGACUAUAUUGCACAAUGCCGGCAAACAGGUUUUCAUCCGCAUCCUAACGAGCCACGACUGUAUAUGGAAUCGCAACACAUUCAGCUCGAUGCUCAAAGGAAGAUAAAGGUGGUCGAUCUGCGUAGAUAGUAUGUAGAGUUUUAUGUUUGAAGAGGCCUUAUUUUAUAACUGCAAGCAGAAAGAGGAAAAGGGUCGCCGAGCGAAUUUAAAUAGCAUUAAAUUAAAAAGUGUAAAUGAUGGCGUUUGCUUUUCUAGCUAAAAAUGUUGCAUGUGAGAAAUUUAUAUGCUAGAAAGUUCUUAUUUCGCUAAGCAAAGUUAGUGCUUCGUAAAAAAUUACUGCAGACAGUUGAGCUUAUGCAGCUCUUCGAAUUGUGGAAGUAUACAAUGUAAAUACAGGGGAAAAUAUCAAAAGAAGUUGCUAAGAAAAAAUCACAUGCAACAUCUAUACAAGAAAAGCAGGCACCAUUAGAUAAAAGCACAGUAUUUGUAGGCAAGAUAUAUUUUUUUAAAACUGGAAUAGUUCCUUUUGCAAUAAAUUGAUCAAUAAUACAUACAUACA